UCUAAGAAUUUUUAUUUGUUUUCUGUCGUUAUUAAAAAUGUCUUUGCAAAUGUCUUGUGAAUUUGGAGUCAACAACAAUAGCUCUCUUGUUGUAUGGACCAAUAGCCAAUCUUCCUUAGUUAUAAACAGUUUGGAUGAACAGGAUAAAUCGAAUACUAUCAACAGUAAUACUAUUAACAGUAGUAUUAUGUCUAGCAUAAAUAAUACUAUGUUUGUUAACAACAAAAUUGAAAGCAAUAACAAUAAGUUUGUUAUUAAUACAAAUAACAACGGCGGCUUACUGCAGUUUUCUAGUGAAACUGAAAAUUCCACUUACAUCGUGGAUAAUUUUGUUCAGCCUAUACCCGAUGACAAUUUUAUUAGUCCUGGCAUUAAUUGUAACAAACGAAUUAAGAAGCGUGAUUCCGAGGCCGAGGAGGAAUUUCAAGAAGCAAGCAAUGAAGCUUCUGUGGGAUCGGUUGGUACCACUGUGCAGGAAACAGCAGAUACUGGUGCCGAAGUUGAUGCCGAGGUGGUUGAUGAACCCUUAGCAUAUCUCCAAGGACUUAACUCGGGAAACUUAAUGCAAUUUAGCCAGCAAUCUGUAUUGCGUGAAAUGAUGUUACAAGAUAUCAAGCCUCAGAAUACUCUACCCAAACUGGAGGAUCACAAUAUUGCUGGCUAUAAAUUCAGCAUGGUACUGGAAGAGCCACGUAAAUCACAUUGGUUGUACUCACCGACAUUGAAUAAACUCUACAUACGCAUGAAUAAGACCUUUAAUGUGGAUGUGCAAUUUAAGCCAAAGUUUCCCAUACAGCCCUUGAAUCUGCGUGUCUUUCUAUGCUUUUUAAAGGAUGUUAGUGGUCCUGUUUUGCGCUGUCAGAAUCAUAUCAGUACUGAGCCUUUGUCUUAUAACAAUGCGAAAAUUCGUGAAAAUAUUUUGCGCUGUGAAAAUCCAAAUACCGUAUACUGCGGAACAGCUCAGGGAAAGGGAAUAUCGGAAAGGUAUUCGGUGUUGGUGCCAUUGAACAUGUCGCGUUCCAGUAAUGAUAGCUAUAUGCGACAAACACUUGCUCUAAAAUUUGCAUGUCAGAACUCAUGCUUUGGACGAAAGGAAACUAGUCUAAUCUUUUGCCUGGAAAACUCCUGUGGCGAUAUAUUGGGUCAGCAGGUGUUGGAAGUAAAAAUUUGCACAUGCCCGAAACGAGAUCGUAAUGCAGAAGAACGUCAGCUGAAUGACAAAAAACGAAAGGCAUCGCCUUCUCUUGCAGCAUCCGAUUAUGAUGAAGAUGAAUGUGAUAAUGAUUCCAUAGAUGCCAAACGACCAAAAAGACGUCGUAGAUCUCACUCAUACCAGCCAGAUGUAAAACAGGAAGACGAUAGCAUGGACAGUGCAUCAACGGAACAGUCAAUGCCAACUGAUUGGCAAGUGAAACGUACAAGUAAUGGGGACUAUCAGCUCGUUCUUACCUGCCCCAAGAAGGAAUUGCUGGUGGAAAGCAUUGAGAGUAUGUUCCGGAAUACUGCAGCUGCCAUUUUACGUAGCCCAACAAAAGGCAGUAAACUGCACAAAUAUGCCGCCAAUUUGUCCAAGUUAAAGGAGAGUGCAUUAAAAUUGCCAUGACUUUUGGGGUCGUCAGUGGGGCCAACUUUUUACUACUUUACACAAAGAAUUAAGUUUAAAAUUGGAUAAAAAAUCAAUAUUAGUUGAUUUUCCAAGAUGCUGAUUAAAGCUCUUGGAAAUGCAUAUGAAUAUGUCACCAAGCAAUGCACUGAAAACGUUUUUCAAAAUAUUAUAUAAGUAUAUAUUUUUGAUAUUGAGUCGUGUAACACAAGAAAACUUCCAAAAGGCAAACUGUUAAAAUGGUUAAAAUGUUUAAGAAUUAUUAUUGUUUAAAGUAAUUAACAUAAGAAAUAAAGUGUUUAUGAAAAGAGA